UUUCAAUAAACCACAACAGCACCCAAUUUCUUUCUCUCCAUGCUCGCAUCCACACCUAAUGUAGCUGCGAUUUUCAGAUCAUUCCACGCGCUUCCUACGCUACAGACUGGUAUCAGCGGAAGGUGUAUAUCGUCCAGAGCCAAUGUUAUUUUCAAGGAUGCGAAGUCCGCAGAAUUUCUCGCUGCAGUUGGUGAUAAAGAAUCUCUUUCUUUGCUAAGUGGGCUUCCUGAGGUAGUUGUAACAGGUCGAGCAAAUGUUGGAAAAUCAUCCUUGCUUAAUUCUGUGAUUGGGCGUAGAGAUCUUCUUUUCACUAGCAAAAAAGCUGGCCGAACGCAAACACUCAACUUUUUUCGCGUUGGAUCUCCCCCUGGUCGUUUGGUCGUCGUCGACUCUCCGGGAUAUGGUGCCAGGGGCCGACCCGAGUGGGGUGACCUGUUCAACCAUUAUCUAGAAACUCGGAAACAGUUAUGCCGCGUCUUUAUCCUGAUAUCCGCUGCCCAUGGUAUGACUGCUACGGACGAGGCAAUGCUUUCUUCGUUGAAUGCUCAGAUCCAGUCACACGAUGGUAUCUGCUGGACACUUCAAGCAAUCAUAACUAGGGCCGACGCACUGAAAACAAACGGUCGCGCUCAAAUCGAUCAGAUCGAGCAAGAUAUCUUUCGCGUUGCCCCAACAUGCCUACCGCCUAUCGUCACCUCAUGUCCGUCCAAGGGAAUUCCUUUUGGCAUCGAUGAAGUUAGGAAGUCGAUUUCUCAUGCAUGUAGAAUCCUCCCUUAAAGACCUUACUCUCAGUGACUGCCUGCCUGUCGUUGACAAUAGUCACACCGAGUCUCGUUUAUUUGAUAACAUGGGUGGUCUCGGAUUGAUCUUGGAAAUUAUGCCCUUCCCAAGCGUGAUGUGGUUUCCUUAAGGUGACUGGGGAAUCGAAUAUAUGUUCCGGGAUGACUAUUCUUCCUUGAGAUCAAGACGGACUCGCGUGUCGCCGUGUUUUUAUCGCACCGACGCUCCGAGCGCGCUUCUCAAAUCCCAAGGUGUACAGUGAUCUGCGUCUUCGUCGGUGAUACGUUAUCUCUGUGGAGGUGUCGAUUUCCCUGCACAUAUUACA